AUGCCCGACAACAAGACGGUGUACGGCACCGAUGACCACCCCAACGGCGUCUUGGUCAAGUUUGUCGCUGACAAGGCGGGUGACCUGUCGUCCGGCACGCUCUUCGCGGCAAAGUACACGGCGCAGCGCUUGGACAACGUCACCGGGAAGCCCACGUGGGACGUGAAGUGGAUCCCCCUCGGCAAGGGCCAGCAAGACUCUCUGGACGGCCUUGCACGGGGCGGCCUCACGUUUGCCUCUAUGUUUGACGUCGCCCAGCCGACCGGGUCACCCCUGAAGUGCCCGGCGGGUUACACCCCGACCAACCACGUGAAUGACAUAUAUGCCAUUAAGAAAAAUGGGACGGGUGACAAGUACUACAUCGAGUGCCUCAGGGUCAAGAAGGGGAUGGAGACGGCCGCCGCCUUUUUUGAGACGCGCCGCUACGCCUCCAUGCUGGGCGCCACCACAGAGUUCGAAAAGCAGGUGCGGGCUCUCGCCGCCGCGGCGGCCUCACUCGGGCCCGCCGUCGCCUGGUCAGCCUCGCUGGCGUCGCAGGGGCUGUGUGCUGUGCGCGAUUAG